CGUAGCGUAGUAGCAGGUAAAGGUACGUAUGGUAUUGUAUAGUAUCCUACCGGCAACCGUAGUGGGCACUUAGUGCUCGAGGAGAAUCGCUAGAGCGGACACCGAGACGCAGAGUGGAGGACAAUGCCGUUCGAAAGUGGCCUCUGCAGCAGCGGCCUUACGUGAAAAAUAAGUUUGACGUGAAAAUUUAACGCGAAGUGCGAGUUAUUCGACGGAUUUAUUUAUUUAAAGAGUGUUCAUGUGGUAAAUUGUGUGUUGUGUAUUUUGGAUGCAGUGUUUUAAAUGCGUUCACACAGUUUUUCUCGCACAAGGAUCAACAAAACAACUAGUGAACAAAAACAACUAACAGUGUAGUGGCUAAAUUUCGCGAUCAAAGUGGCACCGACAGCUACAAGCAUGUGGGGCAGUUCAGCCCAGUCCAAGAACAACAUCUUGCGGCACCCCACCAUGGACUCCAAGGGGUACAUGGGGGCCAAUAAAAAGUGGAACCCCCGUCCUGCAUCGUGGGCCGCUCCUAACCCCAACUAUCACGUGUUUCCCGACAGGAACCCCAUGUACAGACAACCUGUUGCCUCAAAAGUCGACCCGGAAUUAAUUUUCACCAAGCAGGAACGGAUAGGCAAAGGUUCCUUCGGCGAGGUGUUCAAGGGCAUCGACAAAAGGACGACACAGGUCGUCGCCAUCAAAAUAAUCGACUUGGAAGAGGCCGAAGAUGAAAUCGAGGACAUCCAGCAGGAAAUCAUGGUCCUGUCGCAGUGCGACAGUCCCUUCGUUACCAAGUACUUUGGAUCCUACCUCAAGGGUUCCAAACUAUGGAUCAUCAUGGAAUACUUGGGCGGGGGCUCGGCGCUCGACCUGAUGAAAGCCGGGAACUUCGAGGAGAUGCACAUCGCCAUCAUACUGCGCGAAGUGCUCAAAGGACUCGACUAUCUGCACAGCGAGCGCAAGCUGCAUCGCGACAUCAAGGCGGCCAACGUGCUCUUGAGCGAGAUGGGCGACGUCAAGUUGGCGGACUUCGGCGUCGCCGGACAGCUGACCAACACCACCAGCAAAAGGAACACUUUUGUCGGUACUCCCUUUUGGAUGGCUCCCGAAGUCAUCAAACAGUCCCUGUACGACUCCAAGGCCGACAUUUGGAGUUUGGGUAUCACAGCUAUAGAAUUGGCCAAAGGGGAACCCCCCAAUUCGGAGCUGCACCCCAUGAGAGUCCUGUUUUUGAUCCCCAAAAACAACCCGCCCCAAUUGACUGGCAGCUACAGCAAACAGUUCAAGGAUUUUGUUGAAGCUUGUCUUAACAAAGAUCCAGAAAAUAGACCAACAGCCAAAGAAUUGCUCAAAUACCCCUUCAUACGCAAAGCGAAGAAAAACUCUUAUUUAAUUGACUUAAUUGAUAGAUAUCGCAAAUGGAAAGGAAACAGGAACGAUGAAAGUGAAACGGAAUCAGAAAAUUCGGAUUCCGAGGAACCAAAACAAGACAGCGAUUUGGACGACCCGUGGAUUAUGACGGUUAAAGGAAAUCACCCCAUGAAAAUGCCACCCGAGGAAGUUAUUAGCCCCAAUCAUAAAAUGUCAAACAAAGUGCAGAACGGCUCCGGCACGAAUUUGGCCAAAUCGCCGCCCAAAGACGCCAAUUUAAAUCACUAUAGGCCGGAAAAAGCAGCACCUUCUCCAAAAUCCCAAACUCCCGUGCAAUCCCCCACAGAAAACAAAAAGGAGAGGGAGCGCGAGCGGGAGACCAGAGACAGCUACAGGGACUCGAAGGAGAGGGAGAAGCGCAUUUCGCGCGAGCUAAGUCCCAGGGAGUUGAGUCCUCUGGAUCACCGGGGAGAGCAGGAGAUGGAGAAAAAAUCCAACAGGAGAUCGGUGGGAAGGGAGCAUUCGAGCAGCAUGAAAAUCGAGAGUCGAUCGGCGCCUUGCCUGUCUGGCUUCAUAUAUCCUCUCAUAUCAGAAUUGCAGAGGAAGCACCAGUUCAACACGUCGUCGCACAAGUCGAACGACGCGAUAGACGAUUUGCGUAACGCGUUCGAAAUUGCAGAACGCCAAAGUCCCGGCAUCAGCGAGACGUUCAUUUGCGAGCUGGUGCAAAAACUAGUGCCAUCGAUUUCGGACCAGCGGCUUAAGGGGGUUUUGGAAAAAGUCACUAGAGAGACAUAAUAAAAGACGAUUGGAAUGGCUACAAAAAAAACAAGAAAAAUUCGACUAUGAUAUCAAUUUUAACUAACAUUUUUUAGUGUAUAAAGAAACAAAUCCUAUUCGUUAAUUCUUACUGAUUCAUACAUGACAAUAUCUUAUACAUAAUAUCUCUUGAGCUUAAUACAUAGCACUGGUAGCGUAGAAGUUUAUAAUUAUUAUUAAAACUUUCGGUUGAUUUCCACCUUUUGAUGUUAAAUCAGUGCUUAGUUCUUCUCCCUAAAUUAAACUUAAAUUAAGAAUGCCAUAUUGUUGAAUGUUCGAAAAUAAUGACUUAAAGUUUACAGGCCUUAGAUUAAAAAAAUUACCAUGUAAGUGCCAACUCCAUCCAAGUUACGAAAAAGCAUGCUAUUCCACAAACAAAAAACGAAAAAGUUUCAAAAAAAUAAUCAUUGCCAAUGCGCCCCCACAAAAGGGAUAAUGUAUAUAUGUAUAUCUAGAUCGAUCUAUAAUAUCAUUAAGAUAAUAUUUUUUCUUGCAAUGUAUUUUUUUAGAUGUGUACAUAUAUAUAAAUAUAUAUAUAGUAUGAAUAUAUAGUUAUCUAUCCUAAUUUAAAUUAUACUAUUAAAUAUAAAACUGUGUCAUCCAGGUCCACUAUUUAUUUAUUUAUUUGUACUUAAACUACCACGCGUUUUAGGUAGACUCAAUACUUAUUUUUUAUUAACUUGUAAAUAUUUUAAUAUGGCGGUAACGACAAUAAUAUAAUAUUAAUCGGUGUUCAGUGUUCGUAAUUAAUUGCAUUUACCGUUUCAAAAUUACAAGGUUUUUAUUGGUAUUCUAGUUGUGGCGUCAAAAUUUCUGAUUUGACCCUAUAACAAGAAUAUUAAUAAAAAACUGGGAAUUUUAAUUUUAUUUUACAUUAACUGAACAUUUUCAGAUUCCAAAUUUAUAAAUUCUAGGGUGGUCCUUGUUUUUGAGUUAUUCCCUUAAACACUUAAACUGAUAAAGAAAAUCCCUGAAAAUUUAAGCUCUAAGUAGUCCGCUUUGUGGUCGAAAUUUCCUAUGAAAAUAAUAUGAGAAAAACUUUUUUUUCACCAAGCGGACUAUACUAGUUGAUAUAUAAUAAUUUUGUAACUCAUUUAAAAAUAAUUAUUGUCAAAUGAGUAUGACAUAGUUUUGUAGAAAAUUUAAUGCUCUACAAAAAAGGUCUGAUGUUUUUAAUUGAUUACUCAAACCUUAGAAGAUAUUCGUAUCAGUACGCAUUGGGAUUAGAAUAAGAAUAUUUUCUGAACUGUUAGAGUAAUCAAUUAAACACAUCAAACCUUUUUUUGUAGAGCGUUAAAUUUCCUAUAAGUCAUACUCAUUUGACAAUAAUUAUUUUUUAAUGAGUUACAAAAUUAUUAAAAAAUUUUUUUUUAUAAAUUCUUCAAACUUUGAAUCUUGUAUAUAUUGUAAAUGGUUAGAGUAAACGCUUUAACAAAUCGGUCCUUUUUAUGUAGAGGAUUCAAUUUCCUACAAAAAUAUGUAUAAAGAUUUGUUUAAUAAUGAAAUAUGCUCUUUUUUAUAAGGGACUAAAGAAAAAAUGAAAAACUGUGAGGAUCUUCCUAUUAAUAUUUAGAACUCAAAUUUGGUAAGCACUUUCUAGAUAUGCAUAAGAACCAAUUUUUCAGUGGCAGAAGUAAAAAAAAAUAUUCUAUUUUUUAAAUCACUCUAAUACGCAUGCGUAAUUAAAGCAGAAAUCGUUGUACUAAAUACCUAGAGUAUCCUUGUACUAAAUAUCUUGUGAACGAUAUUUGCAAUUAAGAUUACCUUUGGAUAGAAAUGAUUUACAUUGCAAUAACAUACAAUUAAACCAUGAAAAUGAAGCAAAAAGUUAUGCAAAUAAUAUACCAAGUACAAACUUUUUCUCUAUAGUUUAAGUACAAAUAAAAAACAUGAUGAUUAACAAAGACUUUUAGAUUAGUUAGGAAACCUGGCAAUGUGCUCUUGUGUGUAAGUUAUUUGAAUAAACGGUAAAAAGUGCCCUUUUAUCUAAAAAUAUCAAAAACAAUUCCUUUUAAAUUACGAGGGGACAUUUGUCUUCAAAAUAAGAAUGUUCUUUUUUCGAUCAUCACACUAUGAGAUCAGUUGCAGUUUAGUUAUUCAUUUAGGUUAGGAUAAUUUGUUAAUGCUGUGUUGUAUAAUGGGUUUAAUGAAGCAAACACGAAUGGGAGAAUGCAUUCUCCGUUUUGGGAGGGUGUUUUUUAUAGGUGAGAAAAGACGGAGGUCACUUUCAGUAUUACUGUGCGAUCCUGUUCGAUACUUGCAGGAUAUGUUUACUCAAGGCUUCCGAAGAAAAGUCUCUUAGUACUUAAAACUGGACAGAAUGUCUUUAAACGGUUGAUUACGUUAUAUUUUUUGCGUUACAGUUCGGAAUACUGUGAUAGAGUAAACAUUGAUGCAAGUAUUUUUUAUUAUUAUUAAUUAUUAAAGAUGCUUUAAUGUUAUAAACUGUUGCUUCAACUAUUCCUUGUUGAUUUUAAUUGUUAUCUUAUUUAGAAAUCCUAUAGUUUUUCCGCAUAGUUAUGUAAUAAUACUGUACAGUCAAUUAAAAAUGACUAUGUAUUUUAGACUAAACUAAAAGAGUAAUUUAACACUUAUAAAUUACAGAAAGUAUGAGAUCUGCUUGUCUUGUACAAAACGGU